UUUAGGAGGCUGAUUUAAAAUGGAGUAGAGUCCAGUGGUACGAAUUCAACCGAAUUAGGUUCAGCAGCUGUAUUUUCAUCUUUACGUGUUUUUGAAAUUAACGGGGUUUGACUAAUUAGAAAAUUAGUAACUAUAGCACAAUGUCAGAAGAAAAGAAGUCCGGUUCUUUGGGUUUCUUUUCGAGCUACGACGAUUUGAGCGACAGUAGCGACUCAGACGAGGAGGGAGACGGUCGGAAGAAGAAACCGGUGACAGACGCUCCUGGAAGCGGAGCCGAGUCCUCCCAACACGGGACCAAACGAGGGGCCGGUGGAGCUCCUUUACCCAAACCUGAUGACCUCUUCAGCUCCGUGUCCAAGCCUGCUUUUCUCUACAACCCACUGAACAAGCAGAUAGACUGGGAGAGUCUGACGGUCAAAGCUCCUGAAGAGCCUGCCAGAGAGUUUAAGCCAUGGAAGACAAAUGCUGUGCCCCCUCCUGAGAGCUACACUGCAGAGCCAGAGAAGAAGAAGGGACCUCCUCCAGGUAUGGACAUGGCUAUAAAAUGGUCCAAUGUGUAUGAGGACAAUGGGGAAGACGCGCCGCAGCCUUACACUGGCAACGCCCAGUUCCUACCUGCAGAGGAGCAACCGUCAGACUCAGAUGAGGAUUCAGACAAAGGAUCCCUCUCUGCCAAGAAACGUCGAGUGGAGACCUUCCAACAGAAGGAGAAGAGGAAGAGGGACAUGGGACAAGCCACCUCUGACAAGAACUUCGUAGAAGAAGAAAAAAGGAUCCUCAGGCAAAAGAUCGAGUGAGGCCUGAGCUGCCUGCAACAAGGCAUCGGUGUCUAAUUUAAACAUUUUAUUUCAGCUGGUAACGUCCAGCGACAUUAGCACAGUGGUGAAGUAGGUGGUUUGCUACAAAGAUGCGCAACCAUUUUACCUAUAUGUUGACACACCGUAAUGCAUAAUUGCAAUAUUGUAGUAUAUGUUCUGUUUUCAAAUGACUGUCAGCACAAUUGAAAGACAAGGCCAAGAGUAUAUCACAGUCUCAGUGCAAAAACUGCAACCUAAGAUCUUAGAUUCUGGCAAAUCCCUGCUGGAUAUUGCCCCAUGUUGAAGGAAAAUUCUGGUGUUUUACAGUCUAGCUCGUAUUUCAAUAGUUUUGACCAUCAACCCUUUUAUUUUUCACUAAUUUCUUGCUCUCUUCCGUAGAGACUGCGAUGAGGAAUAUCACUAAAUACAGUUUUACAUUGUGCAGAGAGCACUGGGCAUUAUCAAACAAGUGAUCAGACAGAUUAGGUCCCAGUUUGCCAUCACCUUUGUUUUAAUUCAGAAUAUGUAGUUUAGACAACUGGGUGAAAUGGGACAUUGAAUUGUUGUAAAACGCUGCAGUCUUCCUUUAAAUGAGGGUUUAGCCAUCCUGCUGUGACACAUUAAAUAUUAAGUGUGGUCAUUUGGCUUUGUCUCUUUUUUAUUUAAUUACUUAAAAAGCAAUGACGUUUUGCUGUGGUGGUUUUCUUGGUCUGUGUUUGUGGUUUGUCUUGUAUUAUCCUAAUUAUCUAUUCACCACUGAACUUUGACUGUUCUUGUGUUAAUACAGUGACUUUCCUUUAAAAAUGUGAUUAAAAUUACUGUAAAUAAGUUUGAAAUAGUCCUUUUUCACUGCAGACAUUUUGACUUGUGGCAGUAGGAAAAGCACAGUUGUCACUAAGAGAAUUAAAAAAUGGUGCUGUUCUUCCUCGUAAGUCAUGACAGUGUGACAGUCAGUCUGCAUGUACAAUUCCAGGACCCUGAAACCAAAGCGGCUAAAUGAAACUCUGCCAUCUUUCAUUUUAUUAUUAUCAGCCAUGACAGUGUGGCUGCUAUUGUUUUUACCACGUGACACUGUGUGUGUGUCAUCAUGGUAAAUUUUGUCCUGGAGACACCAACUGUUGUAGGAACUGCCACAGAGGUGGUUGUUAGUACUUCGGCAGGUGUUUGUGGACAGAUUUUUGUCAGUGCGGUAUCGUCUGUGCAACUGUGCAAGAUAGUCAUGAAAUGUUACGUGUGUGUAGUUGACAUCAAAAUGAAGGCCGAGUCCGAAGAUGUGUGUGGUAUGGCAACAUCUUGACGGGCAUCGUGGCUGAUGGUCUCUAGUUUACACUUGUGUUCUUCAUAAUGUGACAUGUCAAAAUGUCUUCAGUGGAAGGUAUCUGUUACUAUUUAAAACAAGUGCUUGCGCUUCCUACUUAUGGGCACUAGAUGGCGCCCUAAAGCUACACUGGUAUUCACUCCCUUUGUGUUUAUGGUGAAGUGUGCUGUACUUUGUGUAGAUGUUGGCCACCCAAAUCACAACCAGGGUCUGUGUAUGUAAGUAGUGAUUCUGAAGAAGGGAGUGCUGAUCUUCGAUUUGGAAGUUUGUCUCAUCUCAGUUCUCUUGAGAUACUUGAUGCAUACAGACUGUUUAUUCAGUCUCAUGUACCUUGUAUUACACAACACUUUGCGUGUGUUCUGAAAUAAACAAACAUCAGCUUCCUGUUUA